UUCAUAUUUAUAUACUCUUAACAAUAAUAAUAUUCUGGUUAUUAAUAACCAAAAUUAAAAUCAUAUAAUUAAUAAUUCCCUUUUAUUACCAAAGAAGAGAUACAUAUUUGUAAUGCUACGGAGUUAAAACAUACAGUGGUUACCUUAUGAUAUUAUUGAUAAUAUGUGCUAUGAUUAAACAAAGUCGUCUUCAUUAAACUCUUUUCAAUACUAAUAAGUAGAAUUCUUACAAUUCCUGUUUUUUUAUCAACCAAUACUUGUUAAGAAUUAUUAAAGAUGAGUACAAAGAAUGUUUUGGCAUGCAACUGUUUAAAUAUCGUAAUUGAAUUAGAAAGUAACGAAAAUAUGCGAAUUUUUCAAAACCCUCCUAGUGCUGAAGACCAACAAAACCCUUUUUUCAAACAGGAACUGCUUUGGAUUAACAAAUUAAAAUGCAUUGAUAAACAAUAUGCUUCGCUAGUUUCCUGCACUAAUGUAGGGGACUGGAUUAUUCAUUAUUGUAUCAAUUGUGGAAUGUAUACUUAUGCUGUCCACAGGGAGUUAGGGAAAGAUUGUGUAUUGGUGAUGAAAAGUUUAUUGACCUCUCGUUCAGUGGAUGAAUUACAGAAAAAGGAUGGUUUCUCAAAAGUGUUUAAUAUUAUAAUAAAUCAAGAACAAAGUGAUAUAAGUAGUGAUCAUGAUAUGGAUGUUCUCCCUCUAGAUGUUCAGAUUACCUUAAAUAAUAUAAAGCGUCUUGCCUCUGAGAGCAUUAAACAGGAAACAGCAAUAGUAGAGGAAAAAAUACGCAAUUUUACUGAGAAAGAAAAUGCAGCCUUGGAAGCCUUUUGUGAAAAAAUUAGAAAAGAACAAUCUAGAAAACAAAAAAAAUUGCUUCAGUUAGUGCUUUCUACAGUAAAGAUUAAUAGAUUCCCGGCACCAUAUUUACAGCAACAGACUGAAUAUAAAAAAGAAAAAAUUCCAUUUUUUUACGACGCUUCAUCUAUCAAUACAAAUCUUAAAGCAACGAAAAAAUUAAAAUGUAAUCCACAGUUAACAGUAAACAAAAACAAUGAUCAACAAAAAAUUAAUUCCACUGAUAGUGAGGGCCUGUUUCAUUUAGAUGGAGUUGAUGAAAUAAAAAAUCAAAGCCUUGAUAACUGCGACAGUAGUGAUAACGAAGAUACCAACAAAGAGGAGAGAUAUAAAAUCAAAUCAAGCCCUUUAAAUCUGGCAAAAUCGUUACCUAUUGAUAUACCUGUUUUUUUAACUGGUGUUGGAAACCGAGUAUCAGUAGGAAAAAAGGAAGGCAUAAUGCAAAAUUCAGACGACGCAAAUCCAUCAGAUAUUGCAGCUAGUAUUAAAGCGCUGGCUAACAGCGUUCAUGGAGAUGCUGUUUUUGGUGAUUUACCUAAACCGCGCAUCUGCAAUCAGUUUUAAAUUAUUUUUUGAUUACCUUUGUUUGGUUAUUGAUUCUGUUUUUCUGUAAAACUCGUCUCAGGAAUUUUACAACUGGAGAUAUAUAUAGAGCCAAACAGGUUUAAUCAGAUAUUUAAUGAAAUUUAUGUAAUUGCGAA